AUGGCUCUAGAGCAUGUUAGCUCCCAGCGGCUGCACUCAGAAACGAAGGCAGAUGACUCAAUCAAAGUCGAUGUUACCGACGACGUAGAUUUUGUUGCUUACUACGAGCGGGCCUCUGGCCGUUUAGUAGUGGACCCCGAACAGGCGAAGGUCGAGUUUGGAGAGGUAAUGGCCUCUAGGCUCAAGCUUAGCCCUGAUGGGUCGAAGGUUCUCUGGCCUCAACCCGCUGACGACCCGAACGACCCACAAAACUGGACCGAUUUUCGCAAGACUGUGCACCUGAUCAUCAUUACAAUGUCUGCAGUGGUACCUGACUUCGACUCUGGAAUUGGAAUUGCGUCGAUAUUUGGCCUCGCUCAAACUUAUGACACGACCUCGGGUGUCAUCAACGAUCUGACAUCAAACUGGAGCAUCUUCCUUCUGGGUUGGGGAGGCAUCUUCUGGGUCAUGCUCAUGAGACGGUAUGGUCGGCUGCCAGUACUUUUCUGGAGUCAGCUUUUUGCGUUUGCAUUCUUGAUUGGUACCACGUUGGCGCCGAAUCUAGCCACCUUUGCAGGGAUGCGUUGCCUAACCGCAUUCUUUGGGCAGGUCGUCAUGUUAUCCAUGCCUGCGCUUCAACAUUUACCAACCUCCAAGGGUCUUUAUGUCGUGACGGAUAUCUUCCCCUUCCAUCUUCAAGCACGGAAGCUGAACAUCUGGACUUCGGGUUUCGUUCUAUCCCCUUAUCUAUCACCAUUUGUAUUUGGCUUUCUUGUAGCGCGUGUGAGCUGGAGAUGGGCCUAUGCUAUAGGAUCUUUUUACAGCGCCAUCGUCUUAUUUCUCAUUGUGUUUUUCAUGGAAGAGACUAUGUAUGAUCGUCACCUUGCAUCGAAGCCACUGGAAAUUUCUACGGGACUGCAAUAUCGAUUUGAAACUUUGAUAGGCAUCACUGGGUACAAGAUGGCAAAAUACAGACCACGAUGGCCGGAAGUUCUAUUGGCAUCUUUGGAUGUUGUUUGGCGUCCUCAGUUUUUCUUCGUAGUUCUCUUUGAGGCAUUGGUUUUCGGGUUCUCGAUCGGUGUGAACGUGAGCGUUUCUGUUUCGACCUGCAGUAAUAAACUUAUCGACUUUUGUAGACGACAAAUGUUGUCUUCAUGGGAUCUCCUCCUCCCGUCGGAUUUGGCUUCAACCAAUAUGCCGUGGCUGGAGCGUAUGCGACUCCAAUUGCAAGUUUUUUCCAUCUAUGAAGUCGCCGUCCUUCUUGGCGAGUUCAUUGGACGUUACAUCAAUGAAUUCAUUAUGGAUCUGCAUAUUCGCAAAAACGGUGGUUUCUUUGAGGCCGAGAGCCGCUUGUGGACCUGUUACUUAGCCAUGCCGCUUUAUAUCUGUGGAUUUUUGACGCUGGGCGCUGGGAUACAAAAUCUCAGUGAAGCCGCUCUCAUCAUGGGCUGGGGCAUUGCGAUCGUUGCAAUCACCCUCAAUACUGUUGCAGUGUAUGCAUAUUGUAAUGACUGCUUCCCUCGUAGGGCAGGCGAAGUCAGUGCCCUGUUAAACCUUGCAAGAUCAUUGGGCGGUUUCGCAGUCGCAUAUUUCCAAGUCCCAUGGGCUACAAAAUCUGGAGGAUUAAUGGUGUUUGGUGUUGAAGCAGCGCAAGUGAUAUCGCUUGACACACUCGAAGAGUCUGACGAUUUUUAUAGGCUUGUGAUUGCCAUGUUUUUCAUCGCCGUUCCUAUGACACAACUGAAGGGAAGCUACUUCCGAGCACGUUAUGCCUUAUAA